UGCCUAAAACAAAUUAUUGAAAUGAAUCAACGCAAUUACGUUAGAAUUCGUGAAAUUCUGCUUCAACUUGCACCGCUCGAGUAUACUCGAAAUCAGUUGGCAGCGUUGGAACAAUCUACAGACAAUGUUGAGAAUCUUAUAGCUCCAUUAAAUGCUGAGCUUGAGAACUUGCGGAACACUACUGUUCGUUUUAUUGACCGAGACAUCACGUUGUCUUACAAUCGUGAUAGGACAUUGGCUACAGUUACCGGAUCAUUCAAUCGUGGCGCUUCUGACCUCUACUGCUAUUCCAUGUUUUUCUUUGAGAUUACCAUUACGCACGUGCCUGAGUUUGGUGGCAAUAGGUAAUUUCUAUCUAUAAAGUAGUGAGGGCUUCCUAUAAAUAUCUGCAUGUUUUCUCUUGAAAAUGUUUCAUUUUUAGAAAAUAUCCACCGAAAAUAAGAACUUCUGAAUAUUUCUUAAAGUUUUUUACUAAAUUUAUUUUUGCAGCCUUAGAAUUGGACUUGGUGAGACAAUUGAUAUAAAAUUUGUUUUGGCUUCGAAGGUAUUUAUUGAGCAUGGUCGUUUUGGGGAGAUCCAACUGGACCGAAAUGGAAUUGAGAAAAAUGCGACGUAUGGUCUUGCUUUUGUUUUUAGUCCCCCUG